CCCGCUUCCCUCCCUCCCUCCCAACUCGGCUGGGCGAAACCCUACUCCUCCGGCCCCCUCCCCCCGGCUCCUCCCCGCGCCAUGGACGGCUCUUCCAGCCUGCCCCUCCCGCGCCCGUCCCCCACCCCUCAGUCGCCGCUCCCGCCGCAGAUAUUCCUCCGAUGCCCCGCACCGCCGCCGCCGGGCGCCGCCCCCGCACCAGCUCACGUGCACUUCUUCCGCGCCCCGUCGCCCAUCCCCAUGUACUCCCCGCGGAUCCCCGGGCCUCGCUACAUCGCCGCCAGGCCCCCCACGCCAUCACCUCCUGCUGCUCCCGCUGCCAUGGCGCCUCCGCGGCCGCCACCUCUGGCUCAAGCCUCCGCUCCCGCGCACCCGCCAUCAUCCGAGGCCGCCACGGCGCCGUUUCCGCCUCCAAAACCGGCGGCCAAGGGGAGGCCGCCCAAGCCCAAGGCGCCGGACAAUGAGCAGAAACUUGAAAGAGAAAAUGCCCAAUCUGAAGUCGGCAAGGUAGAGACUGAGCAAGGGCAUCAUAAAGAGGGUACCACUGGACCAAUUAAAGGCAUCAAGCGACCCAAAAAACAAAAGGGUUCAUCACACGGAGCAACUGAAGGAGAUGCUGGGCCUUUAUUUUCGCCAAACAACUGCCGCUAUGACAAUUCCCUAGGUCUGCUGACAAAAAAAUUCAUCAAUCUCCUUAGAGGAGCAGAAGAUGGAACACUUGAUUUAAAUAAAGCAGCUGAGACAUUGGAGGUGCAAAAGAGGAGGAUAUAUGAUAUAACAAAUGUCCUGGAAGGUGUAGAUUUAAUUGAAAAGGGCCUGAAGAAUAUGAUUCGUUGGAAGGGAUUUGACAUGAUAAUGCCUAAGGAGAUGGAGCGGCGAACUUCUGAAUUGAAGGAGGAAAUUGAGUCAUCGUAUGAUGAAGAUUACAGGUUGGAUGAAGAAAUACUGAAAGUACAAGCAAAACUUGAAGCCCUCAAAGUAAACAAGGACACUAGAAAGUGGUUGUAUCUUUCAAGAGAAGAUAUUAUUAAGAUUCCCCGCUUUCAGGGAUCCACUCUUAUUGCAAUAAAAGCUCCUCGUGGAACCUGUGUUGAAGUUCGAGAUCCUAAUGCGGAUAUGGACAUCUUCAAGGAUCUGGAAUCUCAAGAAAAACAAUACCGGAUUCUCUUGAGAAGUUCAAUGGGUCCCAUCGAUUGUUAUUUAAUUAGUGAUCAUCAGGAAAUAUCCAACCCAGAUCAGGUGGCACCAGACAAUUUAGAUCCUGCGGUCACUACUGGAAGUUCUCAAACUCCGCAGCAGGUCGAUUAUCAUCCAAGUCAAGCUCCAGAAAUUGGAGAGAGCAACAUUGUAGGCAAGCAGGCAUCAGAACCAUCUAGAAUGCAAGAAUUGAUGUCUGGCAUUCUGAGAAUCGUACCAGCAGAUGCUGAUAUUGAUGCUGAUUACUGGCUCGCUUCUGAAGUUGACGCUACUAUGACUGAUACAUGGGCAAGGGCAACAUAGUCGGUGGAUCCCCAAAACUUAGCCCGCCUCUUUACUUAGAGAAAUAGCAAUGACACCACAAUGCGCAUUUGCAUUGAUGAUGGAGCUGGACCAGUAGGGCAUCCAUGCACCUUCAACUGAAGUCUUGUCCUGGUAACUCGAUUGCAUUUUCCCUGAUGCGAGCUCUGUUCGGUCAGUCUGCAGAGCAGAGAGUUCACAGCAGGCAGUAGAUCUUGUACAUUAACAAGAUGAUUUUAGCUGGUACCUCGCCUGGUACAAUACUUGAGGUAGGCUCGCAAACCCAGUAGGUCCGAGCAUUUCAUUAUACUGGCCUUCCUUUAGAGGGACUGUGUGUGUGUAUACCAAGUUAGAAAGCAACACGGUCCAGGAGAAGGCCAUUCGGUUGGUUUGUGUUAUAUGUUAUCUGGUCUUCUUCCCCUUCAGGAGCAACCUUGAUGUAUGUAUAUCCUGACUAGCAAGUAGCAACCACAGUUACCGGUAACAUAUCAAUAAAGGUAUAUUUCAUAUCAGUU